AUGGCAUCUUCCUCAUCUCGCCAAAAUAAUGUGAGAGAUGGUGCUUUCUCCCAGACUAGUCCUGAAUCCAGAAGGGUAGAGUCAUCUACCUCACCCAGAUUGUUUGAUGUCUUCAUCAACCACCAUGGCCCAGAUGUUAAAGCUACUUUGGCUCUUCAUCUCUAUAAUUCUCUUCAAUCUGAGGGAUUUCGAGCAUUUCUUGAUUGCAAAGAGAUAGAAUUGGGAGAGUUGUUUCCUUCUACCAUUGAGAGUGCAAUUAGCUCUUCUUUAGUUCACAUUGCCAUUUUCUCAAAAGGAUAUGUACAGUCCGAUUGGUGUUUAGAUGAGCUCACUCUCGUGUCGAAAAGUAACGCUGAGAUUAUUCCUGUGUUCUAUGAUGUGAUCCCUUCAGAUCUCCGGUGCAUCGGAAAGACAAAGGGAGUGUAUGCAGAUGUAUUUGCUGAAUACGAGCAUUCUGGAAAACACAUUAGAACACUUGAGAAGUGGAAGGAAUCCCUUCUGUUUCAUUCAUUAGUGAUAUGA